AGUAACCCACUGGUGUUCUUGGGUAGCAGUGCUACUCCGUCUGACCCUCCAGAGUGGUUCACCUGGGGAGGUGAGGCAGAGAGACCAGUAAGGUGGGUGGGGGCCCACCACCACCUGGGGGUUCACUUUUCUUCUUUCCACUCAGCUGCUUGUGAGUGCCAGGUGUCCAGGCUGCAGCUGCACGCAUCCUCCUGCCAUCCUUGACUUACACCUCGCAGGGCUUUGCUCUCCAGGGCCAAGCUCAGACAUUACGGGUCCGAGAGCCAGAGUCGAUGGAGCUGAGCCACCGACAAGGUACAACCACUUUGACAAGGACCCACCAGAACAACAAGGAGAACCAGCAGGACAUGGACUCCUUCAGAGCUACCCAUAGCUCCUUGGACAGCUCCAAACUUAAGUACCAUCCAAGGCUCUCCCAGAGCCCUUCAGGCAGUCCCCUGGGGCAGGGCCACCUGGAGACUCCACCUCUACCACCAACUCCUACCUGCAGGACUUCUCUGGCUAUGAACUCCCAUCCCGAGGACCUGAAGAAGGGGGCAUCCAGAUCCAGCUUGAGAGAUGCCAGGGAGACCUUCCGAGAGGGAUGUCUGGGGGAGGAAGGCCGGGACUCCAGGAUCCCAGAGCAGAGGACGGUGCCUCUGAGCAAGGACAUCAUCAUUCCUGAAAAUAUCCGCCACAAAUUUGGGAGCAAGAUGGUGGACCAACUGAUCUCUGAGGAUCAGGCUCGACAGGCCAUCGGUGAAAUCUUCGAGGGCCAGAAGAGAUCAAGCUCAUGGCCUGGCAGGACCCAGAGCCCCAUUCAAGCCUCCUCCAUUUUCUCAGACUAUUAUGACUUGGGCUACCACAUGCGCUCCAACUUGUUUCAAGGCCCACCCCAGGAGACAAAGAGCCUCAUGAAGGCUUCCUACACACCGGAGGUGAUAGAGAAGUCGGUGAGGGACGUGGAACACUGGCACGGGAGGAAGACGGACGACCUGGGCCGGUGGCACCGGAAAAAUGCUAUGAACAUGAAUUUGCAGAAAGCGCUGGAAGAGAAAUAUGGAGAAAAGAGCAGAUCCAAGGGCAAGUAGUUGAAAGGACAUUGGAAGGAAGCUCGAGAAUGUUGCCAAUAAAGAAAUAAAGGCUCUGGUCUG